AAUAAUAACAACAAUAAGAGCAACAGUUAUCGAUUGGAUUAAUUAAAAAUAUAAACAAAAAAAAAAAAAACUAACGUGACAGGUCCUGAUGACCUUGAGUGAGUACGAAAAUAUCAGUCAGGAUGACGAGAAAAUUACUAAAGAUAAAUAAAUCAAUUUUAUUAAUAAAAAAAUAUAAAAUAAAUAAAAAAAAAAUAUAAAACAACAACAAAAACAACAACAAUGCCAAGGACAAUUUGGUUUUUUGUUGUUGCAUGUAUCAUAGCUGGUCUAUGUCAUGUGGCUGAUGGUUAUCUGGUUGUUUUAUCAUCAAAUUUACCACCAGGUACACAAAUAUUUGAAGCAGGUGUACCAAAACUUGGUGGUAAACGUAAAUAUGAAGUAUCAUCUGAUCGUACUGCACGUUUUGCACGUAAAUUAUUAAAAGUAAAUCCUUAUAAUGGACGUGUUACACUUGCUAAAUCAUUAAAUUGUGAUGGUUUACAAUAUCCAAGAUUAUUUACAUUUUAUAUUGAUUCAACAAGUACACGUCUUGGUAGACCAAAUAUUGAUUAUCAUAGUUUACCAUUACGUGUAUUAAUAACUGGUUGUGGUUAUGAUAAUGAUGAUUUAGCAUCAACAAAAGGAUGGAUGGCUGAAACAUUGGCAUCAUAUGCAAUGCCAAGUACAGAUAAAUUUAUGGAAAUAUGUUUACGUGAAUCACAGCUUGUUGCUGGUUUAAAAGAUUUUUUACCAAUAACAGCAAUAAAAGAUUGUGAUGUUAAAUGGACUGGUGUUGCUGAUUCAAGAUUUUUAAUUGAAGGUAGUGUUGGUGAUCUUGUAUCAGCAUCUGAACAAUGUUUUAUUGAUCCAAUGUGGAAAAUAUCAGUAUCAAUGACAUUACGUUGUACAACAAAUCAUUUAGCUGAUGCUGAACAUAGAUUAAAAAUUGUAUUUCAUCAUCAACAAUUAGAUGAUACUGAUUUAGGUAGACGUGUUAGACGUGAAUUACGUAAUAGAUCACCAUUUUUUGAACGUGGUCUUUAUACUGCUGCUGUUGAAGAAGAAAAAGAACCUGGUGAACUUGUUACAAUUGUUAGAGCAAGAGAUCCAGAAGGUGGUACUGUACAUUAUUCAAUGAUGUCAUUAUUAGAUGCACGUUCUGGUGUAUUAUUUUUACUUGAUUCAACAAGUGGUAAAGUAACAACAAGAUCAAAACUUGAUCGUGAAAGUGUUGAAGUACAUUAUUUUAAAGUACUUGCUGUUGAUGAUUCAUUUCCACCACGUACUGGUACAACAACACUACAAGUUAAUGUAUUAGAUACAAAUGAUCAUGCACCAAGUUUUGAAUGGUCUGAAUAUGAAUCACCAAUACGUGAAGGUGUACCACUUGGUACAACAGUUGUUGCUGUUAAAGCAACAGAUAAAGAUUUUGGUAGAAAUUCAGAUAUUGAAUAUUCAAUUGUAUCAAUAACUGGUGGUGGUAUGACAACAUUUAAUGAUGAUUCAUCAACAUUUAGAAUUGAUACAAAAUCUGGUAUUGUAACAACAAGAAUGUCACUUGAUCGUGAAAAAACUGAAGUAUAUACUGUUAUUAUUAAUGCAAUUGAUCAAUCAAAUCCACCAUCAACAAGAAAAACAGCAAGUACAACAUUAAUUGUACGUAUAUUAGAUGAUAAUGAUAAUUAUCCACAAUUUUCAGAAAGAUCAUAUACAACAACAAUUAAUGAAGAUAUGGAUUAUACAUUAAAUCCAAUAAUAUCACAUAUACGUGCAACAGAUGCUGAUAGUGGCUCAAAUGCAGCAAUAAGAUAUGCUAUUAUUGGUGGUAAUACACAAAAUACAUUUUCCAUUGAUUCAUUAAGUGGUGAUGUUACACUUGUUAAACCACUUGAUUAUGAAACAACUGAUUCAUAUAGAAUUGUUGUUAGAGCACAAGAUGGUGGUUCACCAGCAAGAUCAAAUACAACACAAUUAAUUGUACAUGUACAAGAUAUUAAUGAUAAUUCACCAAGAUUUUUUACAAGUUUAUUACAAGAAACAGUAUCAGAGGGUGUACCAAUUGGUCAUUCAGUUGUACGUGUACAAGCAUAUGAUGGUGAUAAAGGUUUAAAUGCACUUAUUAAAUAUUCAAUUGGUGCUAGAGAUUUUAAUGGUGCAUCAACUGAAAAUUUUCCAAUAUCUGUUAAUUCAGAAAGUGGCUGGAUACAUACAACAAAACAACUUGAUCGUGAACAAUGUUCACGUUAUCAAUUUACUGUUAUUGCAACUGAUUCUGGUGAACCCCCAAAAUCAGGUAGUGCAACUGUUGUAUUAACUGUAACUGAUAUAAAUGAUAAUGAUCCAAAAUUUGAACAAAAAAAUUAUGAAACAGUUAUAUCAGAAGAUGAUCAACCUGGUACAUCUGUUGCACUUGUUACAGCAACUGAUCCUGAUGAAGAUGCUAAAAUACAUUAUGAUAUAACAUCUGGUAAUACACGUGGUAGAUUUACAAUAACAGCACAAAAUGGUGGUGGUUUAAUAACAAUUGCACAACCACUUGAUUAUAAACAAGAAAAAAGAUUUGUAUUAACAAUAACAGCAUCUGAUUCUGGUGGUAGAACAGAUACAUCAUUAAUAUAUGUUAAUAUAUCUGAUGCUAAUAAUUUUGCACCAAUGUUUGAAAAUGCACCAUAUUCAGUAUCUGUAUUUGAGGAUGCACCAAUUGGUACAACUGUCCUAGUUGUUAGUGCAACUGAUUCAGAUGUUGGACAAAAUGCACAAGUAACAUAUAGCCUUGGUAGUGAUGGUGAUAAUAUUGAAACAUCAGAAUUUACAAUUAAUCCACAAACUGGUGCAAUAACAACAACAAAAAAUCUUGAUAGAGAAAAAUCAUCUGGUUAUUUAUUAACAGUUACUGCUAAAGAUGGUGGUAUACCAGCAUUAUCAGAUACAACAGAUGUUGAAAUAUCAGUAACAGAUGUUAAUGAUAAUUCACCAGUAUUUGAUGCAUCACAAUAUACUGGUAAUGUACCUGAAGAUGUACUUGUUGGUACAGCUGUAUUAAGAGUUACAGCAAGUGAUGCUGAUAUGGGAUUAAAUGGAAGAGUUAGAUAUACACUUGAGGAUGAUGGUGAUGGUGCAUUUGCAAUUGAUUCAACAACUGGAACAGUUAGAACAGCUAAACAACUUGAUCGUGAAUCUGUAUCAAGAUAUAAUUUAAAAGCAGCAGCUGUUGAUCGUGGUAUACCAGCAUUAUCAUCAAUUGUACCAAUUAUUAUUAAAAUUGAAGAUGUUAAUGAUUCACCACCAGCAUUUGAAAGUGAUAAAAUUAUACUUUAUAUAGCUGAAAAUUCACCAAUUGGUUCAACUGUUGGACAAAUAUAUGCACAUGAUCCUGAUGAAGGUAUUAAUGCUGUUGUUCAAUAUUCAAUAAUUGGUGGUGAAGAUGCAAAUAGUUUUAGUUUAAUAACAAAACAAGGUUCUGAUCGUGCUGAAUUAUUAACACUUGAAGAACUUGAUUAUGAAUCAUCAAAAAAAAAAUUUGAAUUAUUUAUAAGAGCUUCAUCAUCACCAUUAAGAUCAGAUGUACUUGUACAAAUAAUGGUUACUGAUGUUAAUGAUAAUGCACCAGUAUUAAAAGAUUUUCAAAUAAUAUUUAAUAAUUUUAAAAAUUUUUUUCCAACAACAGCUAUUGGUAAAAUACCAGCAUUUGAUGCUGAUGUUACUGAUAAAUUAAUAUACAAUAUAUUAUCUGGUAAUAAUGCAAAUAUAAUAACACUUAAUAAAACAAAUGGUGAUAUAUUAUUAAGUCCACAAUUAAAUACAAAUGUACCAAGAAUAGCAACAAUGGAAGUAUCUGUAUCUGAUGGUGUUAAUGAGGCAAAAGCAACAAUGACAUUAUCAAUAAGACUUAUUACUGAUAAAAUGUUGUAUAAUUCAAUAACAGUUAGACUUGAUGAUAUGACUGUUGAAGCAUUUUUAAGUCCAUUAUUAAAUUAUUUUAUUGAUGGAGUUGCUGCAAUAAUACCAUGUCCACGUGAAAAUAUAUUUAUAUUUAGUGUACAAGAAGAUACAGAUGUACAUGGUAAAAUAUUAAAUGUUAGUUUUUCAGCAAGAAAAGUUGAACCAGGUAAUAAUGAUGAAUUUUAUACACCACAAUAUUUACAAGAAAGAGUUUAUCUUAAUCGUGGUAUACUUGCAAGACUUUCAACAUUAAUUGUAUUACCAUUUGAUGAUAAUUUAUGUGUUAGAGAACCAUGUCUUAAUUUUGAAGAAUGUAUAACAAUAUUAAAAUUUGGUAAUGCAUCUGGUUUUGCAAGUAGUAAUACUGUAUUAUUUAGACCAAUAUAUCCAGUAACAACAUUUUCAUGUAAAUGUCCACAAGGUUUUACUGGUAGUAAAGAAGCAUAUUUAUGUGAUAUGGAAGUUAAUCUUUGUUAUUCAAAUCCAUGUAAAAAUAAUGGUACUUGUCAUAGAAAAGAAAGUGGCUAUACAUGUGUUUGUCCACCACUGUAUACUGGUGCAAAUUGUGAAGUAUCACUUGAAUCAGAUAUUUGUAGUUCAUCAAUAUGUCAAGGUGGCUCAACAUGUUUAGCAAAUACAGCAAAUGGUCAUUUAACAUGUGAAAAUUGUAAUAUUAAUAAACCCCGAGAAAAUACAAAUGAAUAUUGUGAAUUAAAAUCACGUAGUUUUGGUCCAACAACAUUUUUAACAUUUGCAUCAUUAAAACAAAGACAUCGUUUACAAUUAAAAUUAUCAUUUGCAACUGAAUUAACUGAAGGUUUAUUAUUAUAUAAUGGUAGAUAUAAUGAAAAACAUGAUUUUAUUGCAUUAGAAAUAAUUAAUUCACAAGUACAAUUUAGUUUUUCACUUGGUGAUGAAAUAACAAGAGCAAUUGCAAAAAUACCUGGUGGUGUUGCUGAUGGACAAUGGCAUAAUGUUGAAAUUAUUUAUAUUAAUAAAACAGUUACAAUUGCACUUGAUGAUUGCGAUGUUGCAUUAGCAUUACGUUAUGGUGAUAGACUUGGUAAACGUUGGUCAUGUGCUGGUAGUGCUGAACAAAUACUUGAAACACGUUGUAAUCAAGCAACUGAAACAUGUCAUCGUUUUCUUGAUUUAACUGGACCAAUGCAACUUGGUGGUUUACCAGCAAUACCAUCAGAUUUUCAAGUUACAAAUAAAGAUUUUAUUGGUUGUAUUAAAAAUUUAUAUAUUGAUUAUAAAUUUAUUGAUUUAAAUUCAUAUGUUGCUGAUAAUGGUACGACAAUUGGUUGUCCAGAAAAAUCAUCAUAUUGUUUAUCAAUGCCAUGUAAUAAUAAUGGUAAAUGUCAUGAAAUAUGGUCUGGUUUUUUUUGUGAAUGUCAAGAUGGUUUUUCUGGUCCACAAUGCACAGAUGAAAUUGCUGAACCAUGGCGUUUUCAAGGUGAUGGUUUAUUAAGUUUUAAUCCACUACUUAGACCAAUACAGCUACCAUGGUUAACAGCAUUUAGUUUACGUACACGUAUGAAAAAUUCAUUUUUAAUGACAAUACAAAUUGGACAAAAUUCAUCACUAUUAUAUUCAUUAAAAGAUGGUAAAAUUGAAGUAUCAUUAGAUGGUACAGAAAUUAUAAAAACACCAAUAACAAUUAAUAAUGGACAAUGGCAACGUAUUGAAAUUAUUUGGCAAACUGGACAAGUAUCACUUGAUAUGAAUUAUCGUGAUAGACCAAUAAUAACACAAUUAACAGCUAAAUUACAAGGUUUAUAUGUUGGUAGAAUAUUAAUUGGUGGUCCAGAUCAAACAAUAAAUACUGAUUUAUCAUUUUUUGAUGGUUGUAUACAAGAUUUACGUAUUGGAACAAAUCAAAGUGUAUUACAACGACCAACAGCACAAGAAAAUGUCGGUACAAAAUGUCUUGUUGAUGAUGAAUGUAGUAUUAGUUGUCCAAAUGAAUCAUCAUGUAUUACAAAUUGGCAAUCAUCUGAGUGUAUAUGUAAUGCUGGUCGUGUUGGUACUAGUUGUGAAGCAAUUUGUGAUAUUAAUCCAUGUCACAGUGAUUCUGGUAAAUGUAUUGAAGAUAAAAAUACAUCAAGAGGCUAUAAAUGUCAAUGUAAUAGUGAUGAAUAUUCUGGUGAAUAUUGUGAAAUUCGUGUUGAUCAAUCAUGUCCAGCAACUUGGUGGGGUUCACCAGUAUGUGGUCCUUGUAAUUGUGAUGAAAAAAAAGGUUAUGAUCCAGCAUGUAAUAAAACAACUGGUGAAUGUACAUGUAAAGAAAAUCAUUAUCAACCACCAGGACAAGAUGAAUGUAUACCAUGUGAGUGUUAUGCAACUGGUAGUUUUGGACCACGUUGUAAUAAUGAAACUGGACAAUGUCGUUGUCGUCCUGGUGUUAUUGGACGUUCAUGUACAGCAUGUCCAAAUCCAUAUGCUGAAGUAACAUUACGUGGUUGUGAAGUUGUUUAUGAUGGUUGUCCAAGAUCAUAUUCUGAGGGUUUAUGGUGGCCAAGAACAAAAUUUGGUAUUAUUGCUAUUGAAAAUUGUCCUGGUAAUGCUGAGGGUAAAACAUCAAGAUCAUGUGAUGAUAAACUUGGUGGUUGGCAACCACCAGAUUUAUUUAAUUGUACAUCUGAAUUAUUUGUUGAACAACGUUAUCAAUUAGGAAGUUUAGAAGCUGGUGAUAUAUCAUUAAAUCGUGAUAUUGCUGUUAAAAUUUCAAAAGAUCUUAAUAAUGCUGUUAAUAUUACUAAAAAUAUGUAUGGUGCUGAUGUUUUAGUUGCUGAAUCAUUAUUAAUUGCAUUAUUAAAAUAUGAAGAUAAUCUUGCUGAUUUACAUUUAACACAUAAUCAAGAUAAAGAUUAUGUACCAAAUUUAAUUGGUAUUGCUGGUGCAAUAUUGAGUAAAAAAUAUUAUGCAAUAUGGGAAAGAAUACAACAGUUGAAUGGUGAUGGACCAGAUAAAAUACUUGAUGCAAUGGCAAAAUAUUUAAAAAUAAUAACUGGCUCACAGCAUAAUACAUUUACUGAUCCAUUUGAAAUUGUUAAUACAAAUGUUGUUAUGGGUCUUGAUACUGUUACAUCUGAAAGUUUAUUUGGUUAUGAAGCUGCAAUUACAGAUUAUAAAGAAGAUCCAUUAGCAUCAACAUCAAGACCAUAUGAAGCUGAUAAAAAAAUUAUUAUACCAGAUACAUCAACAUUUUUAUCAACACCAUCACAAUUUGGACCAUAUAUUACAUUUCCAAAAUAUAAUAAUUACAUAGCUGAUCCAAAUAGAUUUGAUCCAUAUACUAAAAUACAUGUACCAUUAAGUUUAUUAGGUAUUAAACCAUUAUCACAAGGUGAAAUAAAUAAUAAAAAUUUACAAAUUAAUGAUAAAGCAAUAUUAAGUUAUGUACAAUAUAAAGAAUUAGGUGGUUUAUUACCAAAAAAAUUUGAUGAUUCAAUAACAGUUAGAUGGGGUGUUGAAGUUGCUGUUGGUUCACCAAUUGUAACAGUAUCUGUAUUAGUACCAUCUGAAAAUGGUACAACAAAUGUAUUAACAACAAAUAGUGUUGAUAAAAUAAAAUCACCAGUACAAAUACAACUAUGGAUUAUUGAAGAUGAUGGUACAAAAAUACGUGCAAAUCCACAAUGUGUACAUUGGAGUAUGAUACGUGGUGGUACUGGUGAAUGGAGUCGUAUUGGUUGUAUUACUGAAUCAAUUGAAUAUAUAUAUGGUCGACAAAUUGUUAAUUGUUCAUGUCAAGGUGUUAUAUUACAAGUACAAAAUCUUCAAUUAGCAACAUUUGCUGUAUUAACUGAUGUAUUAGAUUUAGAAUAUGUACCAGAACCAUCAUUACUUGAAAAUGUAACAAGUUAUAGUUCAUUUUUACUUGCAUUACCAUUAUUAUUAUCAGCAUUAUUAAUACUUGGUUUAAUACGUGGUGGUAGUAAUACAAAUUCAAAUAGUAUACAUAAAAAUCUUGUAUUUUGUGUAUUUAUUGCUGAAUUAUUAUAUUUAAUUGCAUUAAAAGCACGUGGUUCACUUGUUGCUAAUGAAUUUUUAUGUAAAUUAACAGCAAUUGGUUUACAUUAUACAUGGUUAAGUGCAUUUGCAUGGACACUUGUUGAUUCAAUUCAUUUAUAUAGAAUGUUAACUGAAAUGCGUGAUGUUAAUCAUGGACAAAUGGGUUUUUAUUAUACAAUGGGUUAUGCAAUGCCAGCAAUUAUUGUUGGUUUAACAAUUGGUGUACGUGCUGAUCAAUAUGGUAAUUUUUAUUUUUGCUGGUUAUCAAUUUAUGAAACAGUUGUAUGGGCAUUAAUUGGACCAGUUUGUGCUGCUGUAUUUAUUAAUUUUUGUAUAUUAAUAAUGUCAAUUAAAGCAGCAUUUUGUCUUAAAGAACAUAUUAUGGGUUUUGGUAAUUUAAGAACAUUAUUAUGGUUAUCAGUUGUAUCAUUACCAUUACUUGGUUCAACUUGGACAUUAGCUGUAUUAAAUGCAUCUGAAAAUUCACCAAUGUUAUCAUAUUUAUUGUCAUUGGCAGUAUUGAUACAUGCUGCAUUUAGUCUUAUUGGUUAUUGUUUUAUAAAUACACGUGUUAGACGUAAUUUAUAUUUAACAUUACUCAAAUGUUUUGGUAAAAAAGCACCAUUAUUAGAAGGUAGUAUGGGUAAUGGUAGUAGUGCACAAAAUAUUAAUGGACAAUCAAGAUCAGCACUUGCAUAUGCAACUUAUAAUGGUGCUGAUGCUGCAUGUAGACGUGUACAUAUUGGUGUAUCAACAUCAAGUACAACAUCAAGAUCAACAAAUAAAACUGGAUCAAGUCCAUACAGAAGUGAUGCACAUUUAAGACAUACAUCAACAUCAACAAGUAAUUAUAAUAGUGAUCGUGAUCCUUAUAUGUCUUCACGUAGUCAUCAUUCAACUCUUCAUUCACGUCAAGAACAAAAUGAACCAAGAAAUCCACGUAGAGAUUCAGAAUCAGACUCUGAUGGUUCACAUGCUGAUGAUGGUGGUGGUAGAAGUCUUGAUUUAGCAAGUUCACACAGUUCAGAUGAUGAAGAUGUUACUUCAAGAUCACAUAAAAAUAUGGGUGUAUCAAUACAACAACCAGUGUCACACAGUUAUUUACCAAAUAUCCAUACACCUGUUGGUGGUGGUGUUGGUGGUAUUGGUGGUGUUGGUAAUGGUGGUAAUGCUGGUGUUGAUCAUAUGAAUAUACUUUGCUCAAAUACUGAAUUAUUUCCAAAUAUAAAACCAAUGUAUGCACCACGUUGGAGUUCACAAUUACCUGAAGCAUAUUUACCAACAAAUGUUGAUAUUAGAUCAAGUCAAUGGUCUGGUGGUACAAUAUCAGAUAAUGAAAUAGCAUCAAAUAAAACAUCAAGUCCAAAUCCAUUACCUUAUCCAGAUAUGAGCUCACCAAAUAAAUUACAAAUUGAUGAUAAUUGUUCUGAUCAUAAUGAUGAUAAACAUCAUCAUCAUCAUCAUGAAAAAUAUUCAUUUCCAUAUACUGCUGAAGAAGAUCAUACUGUAUCACCAACACCAUAUUUAUUAUCAAUGUCAUCAAGAAUACUUGCAUCAAGUAUGAGUCAUCAUUCACAAAAUUCAAAUAAUGAUAAUUUAAGUAUAUCUGAACGUUAUGGAAGUUUAAAACGUGGACAAAGUAUUCAUGGUUCACAUCAUGAUAAUAUUAGUAUAACUGAACGUUAUGGUAGUUUAAAACGUGGUGGUGGUGGUGGUAAAAUAACACCAACAUUAAUUGAAGAUUCACCAGAUUAUAUAUUACCAAUGAGUGGAAGAAUAUUAUCCAGUUCAUUGAGUCAUGAUCUUCAUCAUAGUAAUGAACUGGCAGCAUUGAGACAACAACAAUUGCCUCAUUAUGAACAAACAAUAACAGAGACUGAUGAAGAGGUACCUUAUUAUUUUUCAGGAAGGAUAUUAACGCCGAGACACCGGUUUGAAAGACUCCGUCUACAAGAAAAUUACCGUACAAAUUAAAAAUACCUUAUAGGCUUAGCCACUUUUUACAUGCAAUUUUUUAAAAAUAUAUAAAACAAAUAUUUAUGAUAAAAUAAAUUGAUAAAUAAUAAUAGUAAUAGCAGUAAAAUCAUAAAUGAUAUUUUAAAUACAGUGGCCAUGAUUGUAUUUGAGAGAAAAAAAAAUUUUUUUUUAAAUAAAUUAAAGCCAUAUUUAAGAGAUGAAAUGUUUGUGUGAGUGCCUAAAGUCUAUUUCAAAUAGUAGAUGUUAUUAGCUUUUUUCGAAAUAAAAAAAAAAUAUAAAAACAAAAAAAAAUAAAAAGACAAACAAAUAAUUAUUAUUAUUUUAUGUGUACUUAAUAAUUUUGUUAGCUUUAGUAUUUAAUUAUUCCGGGCACACAAUAAGCAAUUAUAUUGUCAAACAAAUAAUUUUAUAAUUAAGUAUAAAUGUGAUUUUUAUUUAGUUAGAAAAAACAGUGACAAUUUCUAUAGACUGUAUUUGAGCUUGGAUAAAAAACAAAUUAAUUUGCUCAUUUUAUAAUUAUAAUUUUAGUUGUAAUUAUUCAAUCGUACUUAUUAUUAUUAAGUUAUAUCAAUUCAGUAUCGUGCAAUGUAUACAUUCCACUUUUUUUUAAAUACUCAGAUUUUAUGAAUAUUAUUUUAUAUUAUUAAUUAUUCAUAUUAUUAUGUAAGAGUUUUUUUUUUUUUUAUUAUUUUGAAUUUUUUAUAAACGAUAAAGCAUUGUUUUGCUAAAUUCGUGACUUUGUACUGCAUAAUACUCAAACUUUUGUAUAUAUUUAUACGUAAAAAAAAAAAAAUAAAAAGAAUAUGAUAUACAAUUUAUAUAUUAUGUCCGAACAGGAUUAUAG